AUGCAAUUCUGCGUUGCUCUCUUAUUGGGAGUUGUAUCUGGCGUCUGGGCGGCCUACUGGAUGGAGGACCUUCACCGCCAGGGUCUCGCACCGUUCGCUGAAGCAAGCAGAUACAGCGUCUUCAGAAAUGUGAAGCAGUGGGGAGCUAAGGGAGAUGGAGCCAUCAAUGCCGCAAUUAGCGACGGCGAUCGUUGCGGCGGCCCGGACUGUGUUGGCUCAACCACGACGCCGGCCAUUGUUUAUUUCCCUCCCGGAACUUACAUGAUCAGUUCGCCAAUUUUCAGCUACUACUAUACCCAAAUUAUUGGCGACCCUACCAAUAUGCCAGUCAUCAAAGCUUCCCAAAACUUUCCUACCAAUGUGCUCGCCAUGCUGGAUGCCGACCGUUACAUGGACAACGGAAGGCUCAACUUUCUCGCAACAAACGUCUUCUUCAGACAGCUUCGCAACCUCGUCUUUGACACAACGGCUGUUCGUGGGACGAUCACCGGAAUCCAUUGGCCAUCCUCCCAAGCGACCCUGGUCCAGAACUGCGUCUUCAAGCUUUCCUCUAGAGAAGAUGACACCCACGUCGGUAUUUUCAUGGAAGAAGGGAGCGGGGGCAUGAUGGCAGACCUUAUAUUCCACGGCGGCAAAUACGGCGCUCGGUUUGGCAACCAGCAGUACACGAUGCGAAAUCUAACAUUCUAUGACUGCGAUACGGCCAUCGAGCAGAUAUGGAAUUGGGGAUGGACGUACAAAUCGCUUAAGGUUGUUGGUUCCCGCGUAGGUAUCAACAUGUCUUCAAGCGAUGUUGGCUCAGUCACUCUGCUCGACAGCUCGUUUGUCAAUGUCAGCACAGCUUUGAUAUCUGGCCGCAUUCCCGGAAACAAGAUUGGUCUUGGAUCACUGCUGAUCCAGAAUGUCGAAUACAAAAACGUUCCGACAGUAUUGGCAGAAGCUGAUGGGAGGCCGCUUCUAUUGGGAGACGCGAACGGGACAGUCUACGACAGAGGUUACGCAAGAGGCAACACAUAUGCUCCGAAUGGGCCCUUGUGGCUUGAGGGACACGAGUUUAACUUUUCUCAACCUUCGACCCUUAAAAUCGGAGACCGGUACUACGAGAGAUCAAAACCGCAGUACGAGGACUACUCUUCUUCGGACUUUAUAUCAGCCCGAGAUCACAAUGCCUUCGGCGAUGGGCGCACCGACGACACGGACAUGAUCAACAAGGUCAUCCAGGCUGCCGCGAAUUCAUCAUACAUCGCCUUCUUAGAUGCCGGUUAUUACAGGGUCACAGAUACCAUAUUCAUCCCACCCAACACUCGAGUCAUGGGCGAAGGACUCGCCACCGUCAUCAUGGGGACGGGGGAGAAGUUCUCGGAUCCAAAUAACCCACGCCCUGUGGUACAGGUUGGGAAGCUUGGUGAUACUGGGUUUGUCGAAAUUAACGACCUCAUCGCGUCGACGCAGGGGCCAGCUGCAGGCGCCAUCAUGAUCGAGUACAAUCUCAACACGCCAGCAGCUGAGAGCAUGUGUAGUCUGGGAAGCCCCCCGUCGGGGAUGUGGGAUGUCCAUGUCCGCGUCGGUGGCUUCAGAGGAUCUCAGCUUCAAGUUGCUGAGUGUCCCACGACCCCCGAGAGGCUUGACUACGUCAACCCGUCAUGCAUCGCUGGUUAUAUGGGUAUGCAUAUCUCUCCGAGCGCUCGAAAUCUGUACCUGGAAAACAGCUGGAUAUGGGUGGCAGACCAUGACGUUGAUGAUUGGAACCAGACCCAAAUCAGCGUCUUCGUGGCACGGGGAAUGCUGGUUCAGGGGAGCCGUAUCUGGUUGGUUGGAAGCUCUGUUGAGCAUCACGCGUUGUACCAGUACCAGCUGCUCAACGCUUCGGAUGUCUGGAUGGGGCAGAUCCAAACAGAAACCCCUUACUACCAACCCAACCCACCAGCAUCGUACCCUUUCACCCAGCUGAACGACAGCAUUCGCGAUCCUGAUUUUACAGUUGACUGCAGGGAACGCGAGACGGAGAACUCCUUGAGCUCACAAGGUAACCCGUCAUGCGCAAUGGCAUGGGGACUUCGCAUUAUUGGCUCCCAGAAUGUGGUGGUGUUCGGAGCGGGCCUGUACAGUUUCUUCAACAAUUACAACACGAGCUGCAGCACCGUCGAGUCGGGUGAGAACUGCCAGGCGCGCAUUUUCUGGGUUGGCCAGGACACGUCCGACGGAGCUGAACGCCAAGGUAGCGCUGAAGGCGAGGAGAUGCUAGCAGUGGAGGUGUACAACCUCAACACGAUCGGCAGCGCACGGCCAGCGAUGCUGGCACCAGAGCGUGCGACUGACAGCGCCUCUGGCUGA